GUCGUACUAGGAAACCGAGAGAUCAUUCUACACCGUUAUAGUCGUGAACGAGACUUUAAACGUGUACAUGUCAAUCUCCUGAAGAAAUAUCGUUUUUGAUAUCUUCCUGCCAAGUGUCUACAUCGUGUCAUUCCUUCUUCACUCUUAUACCUGUGUGCCAGUCCUUGAUAUCAUACUGCAAAGCUUUGAGCAUAUUUCUUUGAAAAAAUUGUAUGGAUUGUGAAACGUGACAAAGAACUGUAACAAAAUCUUGACAGUGCCAACGUAAGCUUCCUAUUAUUUAAAAUAUUUUUUUUUAUAUCUUUUAGCUUAAAAUUUUCAAGUGAAGUUGACACUUUUGAUGAGACAUCUUGUUUUCAAAAAAUCGUAAAAGUAUUCUGUAACUGCGUACUUUAUUAUACAAAGUGCAAAUCAAAGUUAAACUAAAUUUAAGAUAUUUCAAAGAACACAUUAAAUGUUAAUAAAAAAUUUGUGCCAAAGAGAAAAAGAAAGAGAGAGAGAGAAAGAGAACAGUGUAAAUAGAAAUAUAAUGAUCCAUAAGGAACAAAAUCUAAUGAAGAUAAACUGAGAAGCAUGAGAAAUAGAUUCAACGCACUUUUUGACAUCGUAUACAAAUUAUCUAAUAAAAAUGGAACAAAUUGGAAGAAAUAAGACAAAGUACACUUCACCACAUGCAUCUACGUGGUCUACUAAACAAACUACCGAUGCUAGAGUCCCACCUGAUGCAUAUUGGAAAUAUACACAAAGAAACAAUCAAGACACAACUGAUAAAAACACUAGACACCAUCAGAAACCCAUAUCAGAACCAACGGUGAGCUAUUAUUCCUCCGCAAAUUCCUACAAGACUCUUAAACAAAAUACUUAUCCACGUUCGAUGCAUUUGAAAUAUCCCUCUGCUGUUACGGAAGCACCGCAGCGAUAUCAACAAGAUACCACAAAAUCUGGUAGACAUAAAGAUUAUGCUAACAACGUUACUGUGAUAGACAAAGAGCGGUAUAAAAAUCGGCAGGAAGAUGAGAGUAAUGUAGAAUACAUCGACGAAGAAGUAGAAAAUUUUACGGAAGAUAAUAUAGAGGAUGAUGGUGAAGAGGAAGCAGAAAACGAUCAAGAGAGGGUCGGUGAGUCUCACGAUAAGGAGUACGAUGAACAAGAAGCAGAUGAUGAGAUAGAUGAAGAAUCUGAUGUACCUGCCGAACCACAUGCGGUGCAACGAAAUGUAGUUAAGAAAGAUGCUCCGUUGCGCACACAGCAACGAAUGGAAAUCAAUCAACAACAAAAUCCGCAUAGAAUUCGUUACUCUCAAUAUUCGCCAAAACUAUAUCAAGCUCAUCCUUUACCAACAAGGUAUUACCGCAACAUGCCCGAUCGCGAUAUCCAUGAAGCGUUGUCGGAGGAAGAUCUGUAUACGGCUCAAGCGUUAAAAAAUCCUCCUCGAAGAUCAUCAGCGGGUUAUCAUCAGAAUUGGAUUCCGCAGAGGAAUUCAACUGAUCGAUAUGACACAAUGAUCUCGCCAAGCCGCCGAGCGCAGACGAGACCAGAAAUAAAGUCCUUCACGGAAGCAGAAAUUGUUGAUAGGAGAAAAUGUAGUCGUUGCGGUAAUGUCUCGAUUAGAAAGCCAUCAACCCCUAAAAGGAACAACUGUAGAUUCCAAGAUAACCCUAAUUUCUCAACUAGAAGGCAUUUUGGCGAUGAUGCUGAGAUCCUCGAUCAAUCCUGGUGCGGGUAUUGUAAGCCGAAAUAUCACGUUGUAGAAAACAUGGGACCUUGUGAAAUUCCAUCACCGAUUUUGUAUUCGAUGAAAACGCGACGCUCCAGGGACUCUAAUAUACCAAUGUAUGAAACGUUGGAAGGAAAACAUCCGAUGGACGAGUUGUCGCAUAAAUUCGCACGGAUAUCAUCUAAAUAUACCAAAGAUACACCAAACAUUUUACGCGAUAGAACCAGACACUCUGCGCAAACAACACAGGGUGCAACAAGAAUGUCCGUUCAUUAUAAUGCUUGAAUUGUUUCUUUCUAAUUUUGUCACUUUUAUAAAAGAAAAAUUAAGAAAAAUUGUUUUACAGAUAAAAUACAUAAAAUUCCUUCUUAGCUAAAUUGUUUUCCAGGAAUAUAUGUUUUCAAAAAAUUGAAACUAGUUUCUUGUGUUUACAGGAAUAAUAACUAUUAAAAUAAAACUUCUGAAAUAAAUUUUAAGAGUAACUUGUUGCAUGUUACAAUAUGUGACACUGAGAAUUAAUUCCGUUAAUUAUUAAGAAAGAUGUUAAAUAUCUUAUUAUGCUUUACGCGAGAAAAGAAAAAGAUAUUUACAGCAAAGUUUUCUAAAUGUGAAUAUUGCUGCUUUGAGAUUAUAUUUCACUAAAUCAUAAUGUUAAAUACUUUAAAAAAACGAGGAAUCUGAUAAAAGAUAAAGUUAUCGAAAGUUAAUAUAAUAGACUCAAUGAGAGAUGCAAAUCACAGAUUGCAUUAUCCAAAAAUCACAAACGCUAACAAUAAUGCUUCUAUUCUCAGUCAUUUCUCUUCUACCGGUUGUCCAAUAUAUAUUUUUGUAACUGUCUUUCGAAUCGUGUAGAUGUAUUCUAUGUAGUACGAUAAAAAUUUAUGCUAUGAGAAGGCAUGAAAAAUUAGUUUCGCAAUGUAUAUACAUACAUAUAAAUUAAAUAAAGCCAAUAAAGCUAACGUAAAAGCGAUGUAACAUCUUCUUUCUCAUUUUAAUUACAAAGAGACAAAUGUCAUUUUACGUCUUUUGGCACUGGCGCACAAAAAAAUUAACUGUAAAUAUGUGAUACUAUAAUAUAACUAACUA